UUCGCGGGCUGCCACUGCGGCGGCAGCGGCGGCUCGGUGUCGAAAGACACGUGGCACAGCCUGGGGCACAUCCCGCUGCAGUGGAUGGUGCGCCAGUGCUUUCUGGCAAGCACCGGUAUCCGGUUUCAUGCCAAGCUCCUGUGCGGCAUCAGGCUCGACCCUGCAUCGCUCUAC